CUUGGUUAUCCCGUCGUGGUAAUGCAACCGUAUGGCUUCUGGCUCCAAGUCCAAGUCUGCUGAAGAUAGGAAGGAACCAGUCUAUACGGCAGACGGACAUAGCUCCUCUGCAGCCUCUCAGUCUAAACUAGCAUUCAUGUCGAAUACCCUCCUCGCUCCCUUUGCACACAAGAAGGCCGACUCCACGCGCAUUCUUUCUGACCUUGCUCCGGUCAUCAUGACACCGCGGAUGAUGAAUGCAGCGGCGACAGUCACUUCCCGCUCGCGCGGGGGCAUUAAUGGUGUUCUGAAAGGAAGCUCUCGCGUGGACUUUGCUGCCCUCGGGCGCGCCCCGAUGCGUCUAACUCUCGGUGCCCGCCGCGUCACCUCACGCGACCUGCAGAUCGUCGAAGCAAAGGAAGAGCUCCUCGGUGCUGAAGUACCCGAACCAGAGGGCAUUGCGUCAGACGUGAGCCUUCUCCGUGGAUUUAAUGCAACGAUUCCGAGCUCGGACAGUAAUAGAACAAGGAGACGACAGGUGCGGAAUGUGGAUACACGCAACGUCGGAUUAAAGCGGGGAUUGUUCACGAGGGGUAUUACCGACGAGGGGGGGGAAGCACCGAGUGCGACUAGCGAAGAUGGUGCUCCAGUGGUUGGUCCUGGGAAGAGGAAGUCCAAGAGGAGGCCACGGGAAAGCUUGAGCACAACAAAACUGCUCGGAAAGGACGAGCUCUCACGACAGGCGCAGGAGAUCGUCCGGGACAAGGAAAACAUAUAUGUUCGCCGGAGCCUGAUCACAAGUGAAAUCGCCGAAGUAGACAGCAAGAUCACGGCUCUGAACGAAAUAAGACACCAGUUAGAACGUGACCUUCUGAAGACUCAAGAAGAUGAAUUGGAACUUGAUGAUGAACUGCAAGGAGUACGUGAACGCUUGGAGUUCGAGGAACUAUCGUCGAAGCAACAGAAAGCUACGCCUGUUCAUACUACGCACGUCGCUCCCUCGCGCCGUCGCAAAGGCCCUGUCUUCCUGCCUUCUGAACACGAUGAACUGCCACCGGCCGUGGCUUUCAUGACUCUCGAAAGCCACAUUUCGCCUGUAACUGCUCUCGAUUUCUCAGAACCAUAUGGUGUACUCGUCAGCUCUUCCCAAGACGACACACAACCCCGCGUUUGGGAUCUGAUGACUGGCUCUGAGGUAGGUCGGCUACGAGGGCAUCGUGGGACAGUGAAGUGCAUACAGGUCGAGGAUAAUCUCUGUCUCACCGGUUCGGAUGAUGGCUCUGCUCGGUUGUGGAAUCUUAGAGCUGUCGACGAUGACUGGGAAGAAGCGACCUUGAGUGAUGUGGCUGAAGAAGACGGAGACAACGACGGAGAACUUGUCGAAAAACCCAAUAGCAUCCGGUGCAGUAACUCGAGUCAAGCGAGUACAGACGAUGACGGUCCCUGUUUACGUCGUCUAGAAGGACAUAGCAAGGCAGUCACUGCCUUGUAUUUCGAGGAUGACUGUCUGGUUACUGGUGCAUCGGACAAGACACUGCGCCAGUGGGAUCUGACCACAGGACAGUGUGUUCUAACAAUGGACAUUCUUUGGGCGAUUUCGCACUCUUCAGUUGGUGCAGCUGGUGUCCUGUCUUCCACUCCACUUUUUCCGGGAUUGGCGGCAGCGGGGGCUAAUUUCGCUGUCCCCACGCCGCCACAUGCGGAUGGUAGCUGGGAGAUGUACGAAGAUUUUGUGGGCGCUGUACAGUUCUGGGGGUGCGCCCUCGUAAGCGGCAGCGGCGACGGUGCGGUAAGAAUGUGGGACAUGCGUACCGGACAAGCUCACCGAACACUUACAGGUCACACCGGGCCCGUGACCUGCCUGCAAUUUGACGAAGUCCAUAUUGUCAGUGGUAGUCUUGACAAGUCCAUACGGAUAUGGGAUGUUCGUACUGGUGGCACGUUUGAGACGAUCGAGUAUGAUCAUGGGGUGAGUUGCUUGCAGUUCGACUCGCGCAAGGUUAUUGCUGCCACCGGUGAAAACGGCAUCAAGAUAUAUAACCGCACGACGAUGCAACAUUCAACGUUGACCACUAAUGGUCACACCCGGCCCGUCGAGCGGUUACGAUACAUGGACAGGUAUCUCGUAUCAGGUGGGCGUGACGCUACGGUCAAGGUAUGGACGCUUUGAGGGUUUGGUUAAUUUAACAGCCACGCCGCCACUACGGAGUGUGAUCGUGAAUACCAUUAAGCAGUUUAUCUCUCGGUAAUAUCGGUAGAUCUGCAAUACAUGUAGCAUACACAUUUG